CGCCCGCCGCGCUCCCGGUGCCGCGGGGCAGCCGCAGCAUGGCCGAGCUGCGCAUCGCCCCGGCCCCGGCCCCGGCCUCGAGCCCCGCUGCUGCCCCGCUCCCACCGCCGGCCGCAGCCCCAGCCCCGGCCCCGGCGCCGGCCCCGGUCCCGACCCGCCCCUCGGCGCCCGCCCCGGGCCGCCCAUAAAAGCGGCCCCGCGCCCGCCCAGCGCUGCCGCCGCUGCCGCUCCGCCGCCGGCCAUGGCCAAGGACCAGCUGAAGCCGCGGCUGUGCCGAAUGCUCAAAGGGGAGAGCGGCUACGGCUUCCACCUGCACGGCGAGAAGGGCAAGAGCGGCCAGUUCAUCCGCAAAGUGGAGCCCGGCUCGCCCGCCGAGGCGGCGGGGCUGCGCGCCGGGGACCGCGUCGUGGAGGUGAACGGGUUCAACGUGGAGCAGGAGACGCAUCACCAGGUCGUGCAGCGCAUCAAGGCCGUGGAGACGGAGACGCGGCUGCUGGUGGUGGACAAGGAGACGGACGAGUACCUGUGCAGCCUGCGGCUCACCUGCACCGAGGACAUGGUGCACAACGGCAUCCUGCUGGGCUCGGCAGUGCCCCCUGCCAAGGCCAGCGACAACGGCGAGGUCUGGAAGCCACAGCUGGAUCUGAGCGGGGGCAGCCUCCAGAGGCAUUCCCACAGCUUCUCCUCGCACGGCAGCAGGAAGCAGGACCUAAACGGGCAGAAGGAGCUGUGCCCACGCCUGUGCCACCUGAAGAAAGGCCCCAAUGGCUACGGCUUCAACCUGCACAGCGAGAAGUCCCGGCCGGGGCAGUUCAUCCGCUCCGUGGAUCCCGACUCUCCCGCAGCCCGGGCAGGCCUGCGGCCCCAGGACCGCCUGGUGGAGGUGAACGGGAUAAACGUGGAGGGGCUGCGGCACUCGGAGGUGGUGUCCCACAUCAAGGCCAGGGAGAGCGAGGCCAGGCUCCUGGUGGUGGACCCCGAGACAGACGAGUACUUCAAGAAGCUGGGGGUGACCCCCACGGAGGAGCACAGCAAAGGUGUGCCACCCCAGCCCAUGACAAAUGGAUCUGCACAGACCCAGCUGAAUGGGGGAUCCACGUCUUCAUCUCACAGCGACCUGCAGAGCCCUGGGAAGGAAUCCGAGGACGGUGACACGGACAAGAAGGACCCGUUUGAGGAGAGUGGGCUGAGCCUGAGCCCCACGGCCGCCGAGGCCAAGGAGAAGGUGAGGGCCAAGCGUGUGAAGAAGCGAGCGCCGCAGAUGGACUGGAACAAGAAACGGGAGAUUUUCAGCAAUUUCUGAGCCCUCUGGCUGCUCCCCUCCCGCCCAGCUCGGACCUUGCUGAGGUGCCUACGCCCUGUCCUGCGGUGUCCACGUGAGAUGCUUUGUGCUCUGCUCUUCACUGGUUGCUUUUACAAGGCGUAUUUUAAAGCCCUUUUUAUUUUUAUUUUUUAUUAUUAUUGUUGUUAUUAUUAUUAUUAUUGUUGUUACUCACCAGCGAUUCUCAUAAGACAAAUGUGACCAAAGCUCCUUUUCUUGCUUGCUCUGAGCCUGGCUCGGCUGCCUGCCGUCCCCGUUCCUCUGAGAAAGGACUGGAAGAAUUUUAACUCUUCUUUCUUACCUGCAGCAUUUAGGCUUCUGUUACUUCUUUUUUUUUUCCUUUUUAUGCGGGGUGUUUUGGCUUUGUGGGUGUCCCAGACUGAGCCCCGUGGGAUGCUCUGUGCCCCUGUGGAUGGAAACAUCUCGUGGCUCACGGUGGGGGUGCCAGGAACCCCCUCCCCAGCUCCCCGUGCCCAGCAUGAGCUGCUCCCACCAUGGGAAAAUGGACUGUGGCUGGAAAUUGUUCAUUGCCUUUGCUAUUGAAGCAAAACAUUUGUUUUGUUGGGGUUUUUUUUGUUUGUUUGUUUUUAAUGAAGUUCCACGUGUUUCCAGUUAGUUUAGGAGCCUCCCCCUCACCAGCAGCUCCUGUCCAGGCAGUAAAAGCCCAUUUUUCACCCCAAGCAGCUCUGCAGAGGGGAGAGGGGGGGUUUCAAAGCAAACCCCAAACCCCAAGGGCACAGCCCUGCCUACCUGCAGCCGUGGAUGUGGCAGGAGAAGGAGGAGCAGGGCCAGUCCUGCCCCACGGAGCACGAAGAUGAGAACCAGGAGAUGCUACAGAGCCCCUCUGGACACACCUGGCAGUGGGGAUGACCCAGAUCUGCUGCCAGGAGGGAGCCCAGGGAUGCAGCUCCAACUGCGGCUCGGUGCUGGGGGUGGGGCUGGUCCAGGUCCCACCUGGGCUGGCUUUGGUGUCCCCAGCCCAGGAGUGUCACCGUGUGAAGGACAUCCUGUGAAGCUGUGGGGUGUCCCUGGGGCUACAGGUGGAGCAGGCUCUGGUGGUAUGGGGUGGGCAGCACCCCUGGCCUCCUCCAAAGCCCACUCUGGCCACUCAGAGAGUGUCUUCAGAGCACUGCAGGUGAAGUCAUUGCAGCUCCACUGCUGCCUCUGGCUGUGGGAGUGGAGGUGACUCAGCUGAGCUGCAGCUCCCAGGGAGCAGAGCUGGGUUACCAGGGCUGGGGCUGCCCCACUCCCUGCCCUGCCCUGCCUGGCCUGCCCAGCAGGAUCCCAGCCCUGCUGUGGGCAGGGACUGGGGGCACCGAGCCCCUUUUCCCAGCUGAGGGCAGGCAGGCAGCAGUGGGUGAGGUGUGAGCAGGCUGUGGCUGUGCCCUGCCUCACUCCUGCCCCUCUGGGGUGGAACCCUGGGCUGGGCAGUGUGCUCUGGGUGUGGGAACGGCUCUGCACGGGUUUCCUAAGGGAUUUCCAAAUGGUGGAGCUAAAAGGUGCCUUAUGCCACCCUCUGCUCUCCUCAGCAGCGGGCUGGGGCUCAGCACAGGCUGUUUGGCUCCCCUGGGCAGCCACUGGUGCCCGUGGCCUUAUGCUGCUGGCAGGAGAGUGUGGAGAGCCUCAGGGGUGAAGGAGAUGAGUUCUCUUUAUGAAAGUUAUCUUUUAGGAUUGUCGGUGGGCUGAACAGGUUGAACAUAAUGACUUUGGAGAGGAACUGGUGCAGGUGUUUGGCUGUGGGUGACGAGACAGGACGUGGGGGUGAGGGGGGAUGUGGAGAGGCUGCCUCCCCUCGGGGCUCUGCCAUUAACAAGACACCUCUUCCCCAUCCCACUUCAAGCUACCUGCUCUCUUUUUGGCCCCCUAAAUCCUGUCUUCUCUCUGGGUAAUGUUUGGAAGGAGCCCUUCUUUGCCAUGCUGUGCCCGCGUCGCCAAACCCCGGCAGCGCCCGGGCCGUGCAGGGCAGAGCAGUGCCAGGACAGCCUGGUGCACACCAGAGAGCACAGACCUGGUGUCAGCGCCCCAUUUCUCAUCCCAGACUGCUGGAGUUGAGGGGGGGGAAGAAAAAAAAACCUUGUGUAGUGUUGAAUGUAGAUCAAAAGAAUCAGGUGUGCAAAUCCGUGUUGGUGAGAUUGCAAACCUUAAUCUGUUAGUCUGAGGAAACUGCUCCUGGUUGAAGCAUUACUGCAUUCCUGACAUCUUGUUGUAGCUCAUUAGUAAUCAUUCAGUUCCUGUACAUUUAACUUGGAAAAGGAAAAUCAAUAAAGUCUGAGGCUGGCAGCAGCACUGCAAACCCGUAUGUACACUGUAAUGUCAGUAAUAAACUUGGUUUGCCAUGUA